UAUGGUGGAGAGACUCUGUGACAGUAGCAAAGGUAAUACAUGUGGAGAAACCAUCAACCAUAUUCCAAGUCUUAAGCUGUACAAGAAAACGCCUACUGGAGUAAAACUGUAUGAGUGCAUUCAGUGUGGAAAAGUCUUCAGGCAUCGUUCAUCCCUUAAGAGGCACAAAAGAAGUCAUACUGGACGCAAACUAUAUCAGUGUGAGGAAUGUGGGAAAGCGUUCAGUUGUUCUUCCUACCUAAGGAAUCAUGUGAAAACUCACAGUGGAGAGAAACCCUAUGCCUGUAAACUUUGUGGGAAAACAUUUAUUCGUUCCCACUCCCUCACUGGACAUAUAAGGAGUCACACUGGAGAGAAACCCUAUGAAUGUAAGGAAUGUGGGAAAGCCUUCAGUUGCCCCAAAUCCUUCCGCGUACAUGUGAUGAUGCACAAUGGUGGGAAGCCCUAUGAAUGUAAGCAGUGUGGGAAAGGCUUUAGCUGUCCCAAAUCCUUUCGAGUACAUAUGAUAAUGCACACUGGAGAGAAACCCUAUGAAUGUAAGCAGUGUGGGAAAGCCUACUGUUGGCUCACAUCCUUUCAGAGACAUGUGAGAAUUCACAAUGGAGAGAAACCCUAUAAAUGUGAAAAAUGUGGGAAAGCGUUUGGUUGGCCCUCAUCCCUACACAAACAUGUCCGAAUGCACACUGGAGAGAAACGUGUAAACAUAAGCAACGUGGGAAGGCCUUCAGUUGGCCCUCAUCCUUCCAAAAAUGUCAGAACGCACACUGAAGAGAAACGCUAUGAGUGUGAAAAAUGUGGGAAAGCAUUUGGUUGGUCCUCAUCCUUACACAAACAUGACAGAAAGCACACUGGUGAGAAACAUAAAUGCAAGCAAUGUGGGAAAGCUUUCGGUCAUCCUUCCAAAAAUGUAAGAAUGCAGACUAGAGAAAAACCCUGUAAGUGUGAAAAAUGUGGGAAAGCCUUCAGUUGGUCCCAAUCCUUCUAA